ACGCUAGCCCGCUAAAUCCCGUUAAUAUUCGUUAUCCAUAGUGAAGAAGAGUAUAUAAGGCCAGCAAAGCAAAACCAGUCCUUUUAACUUGACCCUUCUCAAAUUUUCCCUUUUGAUUCUUACAAACAAUCCAAGUAAAAUUGCUGGAAAAAUGCAUACCAUUUCUCAUCCCCUUCAUUUUCAUCAUCAAAUCGUACUCGAAAACCCGAGAAUUUCAAUCAAAUCGUACACAAAAACCAGAAAAUUUCGUUUUUCAUGCUGUUCAUCAUCCCCAUCCAAAUUGGGAAAUGGAAAAUUGGGGGCUAGAUCAGAAUACAAACCCAAUUGGCUGGAUAAUUUCUUUUUAAAUUCAUUUAGGAAUAAAUUAGUGGAGGAAGUUGGAUGGGAUUCAGAGAAGGCAGGCUAUGAUGGGAUGAUGGAACUUGUUAAUGGGCUCAUGAUUGGCAGAACUACUCGUCAAACUAAUCAAGCUGCGGUUCGAAUACUGAAAUCCCUAUUCCCUCCGUAUCUGCUCGAACUCUAUCAAAUGCUUAUAACCCCAAUCGGAGGGGGGAAGAUCGCAGCGAUGAUGGUUGCUAGGGUAACGAUAAUCACUUGCCAAUGGCUCAUGGGACCAUGCUCGAUUAACACUAUCCAACUUCGAGAUGGAUCUUCAUGUCAAAGCGGGGUUUUGGUGGAGAGAUGCAAGUACUUGGAAGAAAGCAAAUGUGUAGGAAUUUGUGUUAAUACAUGUAAACUUCCUACUCAGACGUUCUUCAAGGACCAUAUGGGAAUUCCACUUCUUAUGGAACCUAACUUUACAGAUUAUAGUUGUCAGUUUAAUUUUGGAGUUUUGCCUCCUCAACUAGAAAAUGAUAGUGCCUUGCAAGAGCCAUGUUUGGAUGGUUGCCCGUACUCUGCUAAAGGAGGUUCGAAAGGUACUAAAAGAGUGUUAAAUACCAAACAAUGUCCUAGAUCAUAAGAAUUUCUUAGCAACUGGCGCUUACUAGUGUUUGGACCGGGUGAAACUCGAGACUUUUUUAAUGAAAAAACUAUAUGUUGGAAACAUGGCUAGAUUAUUGUAAAAUUCUCCAAUGUUGAAACUAAUUGGAUGUGUGUUCCAUCUAUACUAGCUUAAAGGGUUACUAUAAUUCUUAAGAUGUAUUUGCAUAUGUUAUGUUUCCUUGCUUACCAAUUUCAUAAAAUAGAAUCAUCCAUCAUCUCCUA